UUACUCCAUUUCAUGUUUUGAGUCCUGAGAGAAUACAUAGGAAUGGUAAAAUGGAUAGGCGUUGCUUUUUUUAAACCCCUUUUCUUUUCCUGUUUCAGUUCCCAAUUUCAUGUGAGACAAGAGGAUAGGAGCUUUGGUAAUUCGUGAUCCCAAUACAUACCCCACUUAAGCCUCUCCCAUUCCCAUGCUAUAAAAAGCCAGCCAAGUUGCUGUCUCAUAAUCUUACUAAGCAUUUAAUAAACAAACAGAGAAAGAGGGACAUAGAGAGGAGAGAGAGAAGUAGAGAUGGUGUCCAGGCUGCAGAGAAGAAUUGCAUUGCGCAGAAAGCUUCACAUUCUAAGAACACUCACUUGCUCCAAUCCUGGGAAGAGACGGUCUAUUAUUGCAGAUGCUAUUCUCCACAUUUACAAGCUCAAACUUAAGUUGGAGAAAAUCAAAAGAGAACUUUCUAUCAUAGAUGCAAUCAAAAGAGAACACUUGAGCCUGUUGAAGCAAGUCCAGUACUUACCCAAGGUGAAGGUAGAGAAAACUGGGAAAGGAUUUCUGGUAAAGGUGAUUUGCCAGAAGGGAGGAGACAAUCUCGUUCCAAUAUUAGAGGUCUUCGAAGAAAUGGGUCUAGUUGUGUUGCAUGCUAAGGUGUCAUGCAACUUCUACUUUGGCAUGGAAGCCAUUGUUGUAUCUGAAGAAGAAGAACAAGAUGGUCUAGAUGUGAAAAAUGUUACUCAAGCUGUUGUUGAGGCUAUAGUAAGGCAUGUAGAGGGAGCAGACAGAAGCAUAAAGGUUCCCGUGGUUAAUUAAUGAGACUCCAUGCAAUCACACUGUUGAUGACAAAGUUCUGUUGAGGAAGUAUCUUCUGUUGUUCUUUCGUUUUAAAGGGAAAUAAUUGAAUUCGCCAUUUGUUCGAUCUUUUAGUCUUAUUUGAACCUCUUCUUGUA